AUGGGCGUGCAAAUUAUCAUAGCUGGAGAAUCACAAUGUGAAGCUUUUGCAAAAACUUAUUUGAUCGCAGACUAUCUAUCACAAAAUCUACCACACUUCGUAUGUAAAAAAAUCGAAAAAUCGAUAUUGGAAUGGGAGAAAUGGCUGCAUAAAAUUAAUAUUAAAUACAAAUGGCAUCACAGUGGAUCACCAUUAGUUUGGAAGGAAAUGCUGAUUGAGGGCAGCAAACCUUAUUACAUUGGAGGUGCAUCAGAAUUUUUAGAUUACUGUUACUCUUAUUAUAAAUUUGAAGCAUUUUUAUCCACGGAAAAAUUUAGAGACCUGGUGGAUUCAUUAAAUCAGUUCAAAAAGAAACAUACACUUGAAAAACAUUUUGUAAAGAACAUGCAGCUGAGUAUAAAAGAUAAUGACAAACAUCUUGACAGUAAUUAUAUUGUUUGCAUUUCGGGGGCCAGCCAUCCACUCACCAUGUAUUUAAUAUCUGGUCUAUUAGAUAUGUCUGUGAACCAAAAAACUAUAUCAAAAAUUUAUAUCUAUGAUACAAAAUGCAGUUCAAAGUUUUUGGAUUUUGUGGAAAACGAAUGUAGUUACGUGAGCACAAAUUAUCCAGGAAAAGUUGUAAAACAUGUGACUAAAAUUGGUAUGGCCCUUACCAAUUGCGAUUUACUAAUCGUUAUGGAUUGUGUACCCUUCAGAAUGGAUUUGUCUAUUGGUGAAUGGCUCUAUCAAAAUUCCGAGACAAUGAAAGAUCUUGCACCAAUGAUUAACGCUUCAGCAUCACGCAAUAUGUAUAUUCUAUUACCCAAUCUAGGGCCGGCUUGUUAUAAUGCUACUCUGUUAACAAAAUUAAUAACAAAUAUUAAUAAAAAAAAUAUAGUUGUGGUAACCUCUGAUUUAGGUUUGGAAAUAGCUCCGAUAGCGGCUGAAAUUGUAGGAAUUCCAUUAAAAAAUAUGUUUUGCCCACCGGUAUGGGGAUUUGUUGGCAUUAACCAUCUUGUAGAUAUCAAGAACACAGUUCAUAAAUAUAAUGUUUUUGAACCAUUUAAUAGAUAUAUAAAUGUUCAAAGUUCUUCAUUAUGUAUCGGUGUUCUCACACCAGAAUUAAGAACACUAGAAUAUUUAAUGCAUUUUAAUGAGAAUCUGUGGACAAAAUUAUUGGACACAAAACGAAAAGUUAAGAACGAAGAAUUGUCGCUGAAUAAAGCCACGUCGGUUUUAAACUUCGUAAAGCUGUGGCUUUCCGGCCCUAAUUCAAAUAAUAUUCUAAGUUUGGGUAUAAUAUGCGAUGGAUCUUUUGGAUUAUUUUUUAACGGAGUUUUUUCUCAGCCAGCUAGAUGUAUCGACGGUUACUGGCAGCCUGCUGCUGAUUUCAUGACGCCUAAAGAUCCGCAAAUGAAUGUUGUGUAUUUAGCACAAUUAGCAGAAAAAAUAAUGUGUUUCAAAAAAAUGGAACUGCCUGUGAUUGUUCCUUACAAUCUAUGUAUAUGCUUACGUAAAAAGAAAAAAGACAAUGAAAAUACUAGAAAAAAGAAGACAACAUUUUUUAAAGAACUUAAUAAUAAUACAUAA